AUGGGCGACAACAACGAGGGCGAAAGUCCAGAGGAGCGCAAGCGCUCCGAGAAGCUCAAGGCCCUGCAGAUGGCCGAUCUGGGCACAUCGCGUCGUGAGGUGAUCUCAACCCACGAUGUCUCUCGGAACCGGGGCCCCCAGCGGGGUCAGCUUGGAGCCGACAGAGAGUGUGAUAAGCCAGGCACUGCUGCCUACCAAUUGGCUCGGGCUAACAGGACCACACUGGACGCUUGGUCAAACUACCACACAAUCGUCACAGACACCGGUAACAUGGAGGAGUUGGACGACAUCAAUGACGGGCAGUCCCACCGCCGUGCUCUAAAUGAGCAAUUUGCGGGCCGACGUCGACCGAUGCUCCAGCUUUCGGACCCGCAGUUCAACAGCCCCCCAUCCAUCGGGAACCACCUUGUUCCUCCAACAUCUCGGGGCCGUGGUGGCGGCCGUGCUGGAACAAACCGCCGCGCUUCUUACGCUCCGUCUCCUGCAAAGUCUCGCACAUCUCACCGUGGAGGCAUUGUGAAGACCAACAACCAACGGUCUGUGACUGUGGGGGCUCGACUGGACCCUGCCCUGAACGAAAACAAUGAUGGCAUCGACCCACAAGCACGCGGUAGUGGCCGAGGCCGAAACCGAGGUCUUGAUCGAGGAAGAGCGCGGGCGACACCACGUCAAAGCCCCCUGCCUCCUCGACCUCCCCGUGCCCAACGACCGCUUUUAACUCAGGACAUGUCGGGCAGAUUAUCCGACACCUCAUCGUUCCUAUCCAUUAUGAAAGCUCGCAGCGUAUCCGUGCCAAAGCCACCAGCUGCCCUUCCUGUGUCCCCUCCGAUGAAGACAUCAUACCACGAUCAGCCAUUGGCGGAGCGUAUGAGUCCACCAUCUCUAACGCCAUCCCGGAUUGUGCCUCGCUCUCAAACUGCCGCGUUUUCGAAAUCAAAGGGCCGCUCUCCGACUUCCAAUAGCACUGCAAAGGCCCCCAUCGAAGGGACUGGCACUUCCAUCGAUGUCGAAGACCUCAAGUGGAAAAUCUCCGCAGGUGAAUUCCCACGCAAGAAGAGCCCCUUGUCGCCUGUGUCCACUCCGGCCAAGAAGAAGGCAGCCCCUGUUGCCAAGCUUCCUCAAGCUGCGCAGAAAAAAUCUUCUGGCGAAGCACAAGCAGUCAAACAGCGAGCUUUAGGUCAAAAUCUUCUUGAUGAGGGUCCUACUGUGGCAGAAACGUCCAUCCAGACAGACGAUGUGUCUUCGUACAUUCCAGGCGAGGAUCUUAUCAACCUGGAAUUCACCACACCCCCCAGACAAGCUGCUUUUGCUAGUCCCAGUGCUGCCGUCCUGGAGGGACUGGAUUUUGCUGUCCCACUUCUGCCCUUUGCCCCAUCGCCGUCUUCCAUUUAUGUCUCUGCCGACGCAGAAAGCCAACUGGGUGAACUGGGUUUUUCUGAUGUGAUAUCCACUCGGAAUGAAGAGCCUGGGGCCGAAUUCUGGGAUCUCAUAGGUAACACCGUGGGUAGAAGUGUGGGUUCAGCCCUCAAGGAUGCGUAUGGAAAGGGUUAUAUCCCACCCUUCAUCAACAAAUCUGAUCAACAAGGAACCUCAGCCAUUUCUCGUAAUCUGGCCACCAAAAGCGCUGAACAGUUCCUGAAGGGUAUCUCAACUCCAAAUCACGACAUGUCACGCUUGGAGCAGUGGUUGACAAAGGCUAACAAUGCAAUUGAAGGUCCGAGCUUUGAAAAACAUCGUUCGCCUCAUGGCUCCUCGCCGGAAUCCGCGGACCAGAAGCCAUCAACUCGGUUGCCAGUGCCAGGGCUAUCGCCUCACAAGAGCGAAUACUCGGAGCUUGAUCUCCAGCAUGUUGAGCUGAUCAAGCCCCUCGAUUUCACCAAGGCUAUCGAGUCUACCAAGCCCAUCAAGUUCGACAAGCCUGUCGAGGCGACAAAGCCACCUCAGAAGCCGGUGCCUGAGACUUCACCCUCCAGUGUUUUUGUCAAGCCCACGGGUCUUCUCGAUUCCAAAUACGCCUCCGAGCCACCUGCAGCUCUGACAAAGCUGACAAGAAAGAAGCCCGCUAGCGCAACCGCCAAGUCGGUUCCCCAUGAUAUGACGAGCAGAAUGGUAUCGCGUUCCCAAGCUGCGCCUUCGCGUCCCCCGGGUCUAGCUGCACCUUCCCGUCCUCCAGGUCCGCCUUCGGGUUCCCAAGCCAUGGCAUCGCGUCCCAAGUCUUCCGCUCGAGUGUUGAGUGAAAGGACCCCAAACGUUCACCAGCCUGUGAGUUCAACUGGAGUGCGCACAAUCGGACCCGCUCCUUCUGUCUUUGAGCCUACCACACUUCGAGAUGGCCAUGGGUCUGCAGCUCCUCCCAUCUCUGUCCGGCAGCCAGCUGCGAGAGUGCCUCUUCAGGCGGAGAACUGGUCAGCAAAUAUUGCCUCGGCGAGCUCCAGCUCUGACGCUUUGCGUAGGGUAAGCAACCUGACCUUCCCGCGGAUGCAGCCUGUGUCAUUUCCGGUUCCCCGAGUCAUUGGUCCCGGUCCUGGUAUUGUGUUACCUGGAUUUUCCCCUACACCACUGACCAUGUCUGGUGAUAAAGCGGUGAGCAAGGUGACUAUUUUGGGCCCUGCUCCGUUCACUCCUCGGAAGUGA